GAAAUGGAAAAGAUGGAGGAGUUAAUACGAAGAAUAUGUAAAAGAUAAAAGAGUUUUACAACAGGAUGCAUAUUUUUGGGAAAUUAUAGCUGAGUAAGGUCUCAAAAUUCUGAGUAGUGCCAACAGGUGUCUAAAAGGUUUCUUCUAUAAGGACAGUAUAGGAUGGAUAAAUAUGAAUUAAUUAAACUGAUUGGCGAAGGAGCUUUUGGAAAAGCAUUUCUUGUAAAAACAAAGGCUGAUAACAAGCAAUGUGUUAUCAAAGAGAUCAACUUACGAAAGAUGCCUUUGAAAGAGAAAGAAGCUUCUCAGAAGGAAGUUAUUCUCCUUUCUAAGAUGAAGCAUCCAAAUGUUGUAGCCUUUUAUGACUCAUUUGAAGAAAAAUGCAAACUCUAUAUUGUAAUGGAGUACUGUGAUGGUGGGGAUUUGAUGCGAAGAAUAAACAUGCAACGAGGAAUCCUCUUUGAAGAGAAUCAGAUUCUGGAUUGGUUUGUGCAGAUUUGUCUAGGUCUCAAGCACAUUCAUGACAGAAAGGUCUUGCAUCGAGAUAUCAAAACACAGAACAUAUUUCUUUCAAGUAAUGGGACAAAAGCAAAACUUGGAGAUUUUGGCAUAGCCAGAAUGCUAAACAAAGACAUGUGGUCGCUUGGCUGUGUUCUGUACGAACUGUGCACUUUGAAGCACCCAUUUGAGGCAAAUAAUUUACGACAAUUAGUGCAGAAGAUAUGUCGAGGCCACUUUGCAGCACUAGGAGUGAAAUAUUCUUAUGACUUAAAGAUACUGAUCGCACAACUAUUUAAGAUAAAUUCUCGGGACCGCCCAUCAAUUAAUUCAAUCUUAAAGAAACCAUUCCUUGAAAAAAGGAUAGCAAAGUAUCUGAGUCCAGAAAUGAUGAAAGAAGAAUUUAGCCAUACUGUUCUACAUAGAAAGAAACCAUUAAUUCUGAAGCCCGCUGGCCGCCAUGCUGUCAUACAGACACCUGGUUCUGCAAAAGCAGCUGAUAAGUUACAAAAACCUAAAAUGCCAGAAAAGGUUGCACAACAACCCAAUUAUGUCCCUGUUAUGAAGAAACCACUGCCAGUUAAAAAUGAAUGGAAGCCACCAGCAAAGCUUUACCAGCCAGAGGUCAAGAAGCCCCCUGCUGUUAUGGAGAGGCCUGCACUUUACAGAUUACCAGGACAGUAUGGACACUACUAUGCUCAACUGGAACAAAUCCAUAAAAGAUCAAAUGAAGACUACCGCCAGCAUGUCUUUCACAUAGACCAAAAAGUUGAACAAUACUACAUGGACAAAGGAGAGUACAUUCCAUACCAGAGGCAUGCUGGUAUCCAAGACGAGUACCUACAAAGGAAGCUGGAAGCACAGCAGUAUAAACUCAAAGCUGAAAAACAGUUGGGACUACGCCCAUCCACAGGAGAUCCUUACUUUCAGCGACGCCAGAGGCAAGAGGCACAGCUGGAGCACAAGGUGGAGCAAGUCAAACAGCAGGUUAAGAAGAAUGAAAUUAAGGAAGAGGCAUACUGGAAGCAGCUUCAGGACAUCCGUCAGCAGUAUCAGGAUGAAGUGAAAGAGCUGCGAUUUAAGGCAGGCGCAAAAGAGGUUCCUCCUAAAGGAGAUGGUACUUAUUUGGUGAAACAAGGGAAAGAAAGUGAACCACCUUGCCAGAAUGAAGAUGUAAAAUUGAAAUCAAGACCAGAACAGGAAGUUGAAAAAGAUCUUAAACAAGCCAUGGUCCAAAACAGACUGGAAUUGAAAGCGCUCCAGCAAAAGUACAAGGCAAAGGGUGGAGUCAAGUUUGAGGUACUCUUAAAUGAGAAAAUUCCACAGGAAGACUUCAAGGAGAAAGAAGAGGCAGAAGAGGAGCUUGAUCUGCUAAACCAGACUUUAACAUUUGAUGCUGGAAACCAACUCAAACUUAUGAACUGGCACAACAUGGAAAAGCCUGUUGAAAAACCACUGGAAGAAAAUUUACCUGAAGGGAAAGAAAACAGAAAACUCUGGAACCCAGGGCCAUCAGAAACUCUAUUGAAAAUACUGGCAAAUGCAGAUGUCUCAUCUCUUUGUCCUACACUGGCAGAAGAUGAACUCGCCAGCCAAGCUGCCCUACCGAAUUCUGAAGCAGCAAUGAUCAGAAGGCAGUGGAACCAAGUGGCACCAAAUACUCUAAUGAAUGCUUUAAUAGAAGCAGAGUUAAUCUCUUCCUCUGUUCUUCUCUCUGCAGAUAAACCUGAAGGAACUCUUCAGCCAUGCAAAAUGAAAGAUAAAACAGAAGAUGCUCUGGAUGAUGAUGAUGAUGUAGAUGAAGACCGCAUGGAACCUAGGUCUGAUGAUGAAGACACGAACUUUGAAGAAUCUGAAGAUGAAUUAAUGGAUGAUUUAGUAGUGUCCCUUCAGAAUAUUGUAACUUUUAUAGAAGAAGAAAAUAAAGAAAAAGAAGAGACAUUAGAAGUAAAUUCAUCAAAUGAAGAUUGUGAAAAAGUGGAGGAGCAAAGUGAAGACUCUUCAGUGUCCCAGACACAGAAUAGUUACGGAGAUGGACACCAUGCACUACCAGUUCCACCAGAAAACUCAAAUGACAAAAAAGACGCAUUUUCUGUCAGUCCAUCUGUUCUUUGUCCUACAGAAUAAAAUCAAAUUUUUGAACAGA